UAACAUCCCCAAACUCCCAACUCAUUCACACUCUCAAGUUCAUGGCGUCUUGAAGAAGCUAGAAGACGAAAGACAAAUAACACAAAAACAAACACCACCGAACAAGCCAACACCGCAUGCAAAAAUGGCGCCAAAAACAAAACCAAAGAAGAAGCGAAGCCCUUCCUCCGAGUCAGAACCUGAUGGAAUGUUUUCAGGAAUGGUGGUUUUCUUCGUCCCCAAAGGAGUCCAACCACGUCGGUUGCAGAUUUGGAAGCAGAGGUUGGUGCAAAUGGGUGGUGUAAUUGAGGAGCGCCUCUCCAGACGGGUCACUCAUGUUUUUGCAAUGGAUUCUCAUACUCUUCUCAAAGAACUGGACAAGGAGCGUUUGUCACGUUUUAAAGGGAAAGUUAUCCUUUACCAAUGGCUGGAGGACAGCUUGAAAUCUGGGGAAAAACUAUCUGAGGACAUGUAUGAGCUGAAGUUGGAUCCUCAAAGUGCAGAUAUUCCUCAUAAGCCUUUGAACCCUAAGCCAACUUAUGGAAACUUGUCAAGUGAUUCUCAGCAAUCACCGAGUAAAAAGAUCAAGUUAUCUUCUGAAGAAACAAAGGUUGCAGAUCUCAAAAGUAAUGAAAAUAAAACAGAAAAUGCUCCACUUUUGUCCACAAGCACGAUUAUUUCAUUAAAAUAUAUUCAGAACUUAAACUGUUCUAACAAUGGGAGGGCAUUGCAGUCGUCCUUGCCAUACUGUCCACCUGACCUCAACAAGAAUAUAACAGAGAUAUUUGGAAAACUUGUUAACAUAUAUAGAGCACUGGGUGAUGAUCGGAGAUCCUUCAGCUAUUACAAGGCUAUUGCAGUGAUUGAGAAGUUGCCGUUUAAAAUUGAAAGCACAGACCAGAUCAAAGACCUGCCUUCUAUUGGAAAAUCAAUGAAAGAUCAUGUUCAGGAGAUAAUAACUACUGGGAAGUUAUCCAAACUGGAACACUUUGAAACUGAUGAGAAGGUGCGGACAAUAUCCUUAUUUGGAGAAGUAUGGGGUAUUGGUCCUGCCACAGCACUGAAAUUGUAUGAGAAAGGACACCGUACAUUAGAUGAUCUAAGGAAUGAUGAUUCACUUACAAAUGCACAAAAGUUAGGGUUGAAAUACUUUGAUGAUAUCAGGCAACGAAUUCCACGCCAUGAGGUUCAAGAGAUGGAGCGCAUUUUGCAGAAAGUUGGGGAGGAAGUUUUGCCUGGGGUUAUUAUUGUUUGUGGAGGAUCAUAUAGGCGUGGGAAGGCUACUUGUGGUGACAUUGAUGUUAUUAUAACACAUCCUGAUGGACAAAGUCACAAAGGAUUUUUGCCAAAGUUUGUACAGUGUUUAAAGGAUAUUGAUUUCCUGAGAGAGGAUUUAGUUUUCAGUACUCAUAGCGAAGAGGGUACUGACUCUGGUGUUGACACUUACUUUGGCUUUUGCACUUAUCCUGGACGGGAGUUGCGACACAGAAUUGAUUUAAAGGUCUACCCAAGAGACAUAUAUGCUUUUGGACUAAUAGCUUGGACAGGAAACGACGUAUUAAAUAGGAGGUUGAGACUGCUUGCUGAAUCUAAAGGAUUUCGGCUUGAUGAUACAGGCUUGUUUCCAGCUACUCAAGGUUCUGGAGGCAAACGGGGUGCAAAAGGUAUUGCAAGUUUGAAAUUUGAUACGGAGAAGGAGGUGUUUGAUUUCUUGGGCUUUCCUUGGCUUGAACCACAUGAAAGAAAUCUUUAAACAUUCAAUGGCUUGCUGUUGGAAAGUGGUCUCCUUCCUGAUUUCCAUGCACCCUUUAUUCCAAUCUUACAGAAUAUGAUGUAUCUAAUAUCUAAUUAUCUAUCCAUCCAGGAGGCCUUCUUUUUUGGUGUCUGUAUUGGGGCCAUUUUGUCUUGUUGGGGGUAGCAAGGGAGGGGAUGUCUAAAAUUGUAAAUAUAUAUAAACUAUAUAUUUUGUGUAUAAAGUAGUUCAAUGUGAUGAUGUGUUUCUUGAAAUGUUAAUGCAUUCUGAGUUUGAAGGUUA